UCAGAAACAAACUCACAAAUCAUAAUAGAAACGGGGAAAUAAGAAUAUUACGUAAUUGGUAAGAGAAAAUAAAAACCUCCAAAAUUUGCUGAGAUCCUUUGUAGCCUAAUCUCUCUCGUUUCUCUCCGUGCUGCUCUGAAGAAGCUUUCAGACCCAUCAUCUUCAACCAGGAUUCCCCAGUUUCCAGAGACCAGAGCUAAAUUACAAAAUUAAGGAAAGAGAUCAAACAUGAACAUCUUCACCAAGAAACCUAAUCCGAGAGAAGUGCUUCGGGAGAGUAAGAGAGAGAUGACACAAGCUACCAGAGGAAUCGAAAAGGAAAUCGGAUCUCUUCAAUCAGAAGAGAAGAAGCUUGUUCUCGAGAUAAAAAGAACUGCUAAAACUGGGAAUGAGGGAGCCACUAAGAUUCUUGCUCGGCAAUUGAUCCGGCUUAGGCAACAAAUAGCCAACUUACAAGGUAGCCGAGCUCAAAUGCGAGGCAUAGCUACUCAUACACAGGCUAUGCACGCACAUACUUCAGUUGCUGCUGGAAUGCAAGGUGCCACCAAGGCUAUGGCAGCUAUGAGCAAGAAUAUGGAUCCAGCAAAACAAGCCAAGGUUAUGAGAGAAUUUCAAAAGCAGUCUGCGCAAAUGGACAUGACCACUGAGAUGAUGUCAGAUUCCAUAGAUGAUGCUUUAGACAAUGACGAAGCUGAAGACGAAACAGAGGAUUUGACAAACCAGGUUCUUGAUGAAAUUGGCAUUGAUGUUGCCGCACAGUUAUCAUCCACUCCAAAAAGUAAAAUUGGCAGGAAGAAUACAGAGGAUGUUGGCAGUUCUGGAAUUGAUGAACUGGAGAAGCGUUUGGCGGCACUUAGAUAGAAUGAAGAAGUGCCCAUGAGCUUGAAGACGUUUCAGGAACAAAAAAAAACAAGAAAAGUUGUACAUUCAAUGAUACUAAUACAUACGUCUUCUACAGUUUGAUUUCUGGGAAGAUUUGUGGAUACAUAAACAAUUAGACAAACAUAGUGACUUUUAUUUUCCUUACUUUUAUCUCCCAUCUUUGUUUUUUUAUCUGCAAUGCCCAAAAAGAACAAUUUGUAACU